AUGGAAACCUACAUUGGCUACAUAAAGACACCUCAGGACGCCUUGAUGGUAUUUGAAGCAUGCAGAAGAAAUCAACUGGUCAGAGUACAGCGCAGAUUAUCCUCUAAAGAAAGAAUCCAAAUUCGAUCAGGUUCCGUUUUUGCUUGGGAUGAAAGAGAAGCUGGAAUGCGUCGUUGGACGGAUGGUCGCACCUGGUCUCCUAGUCGUGUAUUAGGCAGCUUCCUGACUUAUCGUGAAUUGGAUACAAAGCGUAGACCUCGUCGUCCUUCCAGCAUUAAUACAACCAAAUCAUCGGCUGCUUGCUCGUACAAACCAGAUGGCCUCAUUAAACAGAGUUUCUCCAUUUGCACUGCCACAAAUCAAAAGCUACACUUGAUUUCUUACUACUCAAAAUCUGAUGUAUUGGCUGGACGCUUGCAUCAGCCCACCACCGACCCUGCCUUGAGUACUAUCAGCAUACCUAAAGGCCUAUAUCCUGAAUUGAACCCUCUAGACACCAGUGGUGGCCACUCGGCUACACUCCACAACAUGAGAGAUUCCGCAUUACCAUCAAGCCCUUGUUUAUCCACCAUCUCAUCCACUAAUGAUAGCUAUGAUUCUCCCUCUCUUUCUCCAUCUCUUCCGCCUUCCUUAUCGUCCUCCUCUCCAAGCACAUGUGAUGACGAUGCUAUGAUGACUGAUGUAUUACCAUCACCGCAUUCCAUGUAUUCUUCUGUAUCGCCCUACUCUAGCAACUUAUCGCCCAUGAUUGCCACCAGCUGCACAACAGGUUUACCAGCUCAAGACAUUGCUUGGGAGAAGAUUCCCUCUUCUGAAGAUCAGAGACAGCUAGGUGCUCUCCAAAGCCUACUGCGCUUAUAA